CUCUCAGCCAGUGAGAUGACAGUGUCUAUGCAAAAUGGGGGAUGGUGGGAGUUGCUGUCCCACAAGGGACCACUCCCAAAGUCUACGUCUUCUUCAGGAAAACUUCCCAGUGCCACCUUCCCUUUAGCAUGUCCACAGGUAAGAGGUUGCAUUGGUCAAUGCCCACCCAUUUCUCUCUUGCAGGUGGAGAAGCACUGUACCAGUCUGAGUGCCAAUUCUGCCCCCAAGGCUGCACCGCCAGCCCCUCCAGUUUCCAUCAGCCUCUACUAUGAAAGCCUCUGUUCAGGUUGUCGGGGCUUUAUGGUCAUGCAACUCUUCCCCACAUGGCUGAUGUUGCGCUCCAUCAUGAACGUCACCCUGGUGCCCUAUGGGAAUGCCCAGGAGACAAGGGGACCCUCUGGGUGGCAGUUUGAGUGCCAACAUGGCCAAGAUGAAUGCCUGGGCAACAUGAUAGAGACUUGCCUCAUGGACCAUUUCCGGGACAUGGAUUAUUCCUUCCCACUCAUCUUCUGCAUGGAGUCCAGCCGUAACGUCACCCAGAACCUUCCAACAGUAAGUCUUGCUUAUCCAGAUGCCCGUCUGUGGCAACUGAUGGUUGCAAAGGGAGUGGGGCAAGAGAGGGAGAAAGCUAGGGGUCUCUGGGUCCAGAGGACAUGCUUCCAGGGAUGGCAUGAAAUAGCAGUCCUAAUUGCCUUCUGCACCAAAAGUGGCAAAGUAAGUUUCUUAGUUUCUUAGUUUCUGGCCUGUUUUAUUUGCAUUUUAAGCUUCCUAGAACUGUUGAUGGCUGCCCUGAGUUCAAGGCAUGCUUGGGCUGGAAGGCUCCAUUUCAUCAUCAUCGGUGCCCCUCCGUAAUGCUGUUCGCAGAUGAUCUGUCUGCCUUUCAUGCAAAGACUCGUGUCAAAUAAAACUUGUUAGCCUUGAGGCUGCCGCUCUUCUCAAAGUCCCGAGGGAGAAUGCCUGAAACUUUUCAAUAAUCCAGUUUGACAUCACUUUGACUGUUAUGGCUCAUUUCUAUGGAAUUCUGAAUACUAGUUUCGUAAGACAUUUCACUUUCUCUGUCAGAGAGCUCUGGUGCCACAGCA